UUCCCCGCCGCCCAACGGCCCUCCGCUCGACUCCUACCGCCUCCGAACACCCACUGACGCGAGAGACAGCCUUGCGCCGCUGCAAAUCCACCAACCACACCACGCCUACGUCCAACCCGACGCACAAGCCCCACGCACAAACACAAUGUCCGACAACGGUUCGCCAGCUCAGAAGCCUGAGGAUGCUGGUCCCUCUGAGCACUUGAACAUCAAGGUCACCGACAACAACAACGAGGUCUUCUUCAAGAUCAAGCGCACAACUCAGCUUGGCAAGCUCAUGAAUGCCUUCUGCGAUCGUCAGGGCAAGAACAUCAACAGCGUGCGAUUCCUGUUUGAGGGCACGCGCGUGGGGCCUACCGACAACCCAGACACACUUGACAUGCAGGAUGGUGACACACUUGAGGUGCACCAGGAGCAGAUCGGCGGCAGCUGGUAGUUGGUGACAACAUCGGCGCAGCCGCUUGCUAGCACCAUAGCACCACACAUGCAGCCGUACGCUUCCGCCCACUUACCUACUCGACACUACGCACGAAGUACAUGGCUUGGAGAACUCAACAGAGAUCUAUGCUUUUAGCGCCGGCGAAGGUGGUAUAAGGAUGGCUCCUCAGUUAUGACCUGGACGAUUCGGAAUUUGGCGUUUACGGAAUCAUUGGGCUCGCACGGAGCGACGCCGAUCGUGCUUGCAUACAGUUUUCAAGGAAUGUCAUGUGCCGCGAUGUCGAUUUGAAUGGAUUCGAGCACCUAUCCCCAUGCAUGUGCCACUGUCCUUCCGCAUACGACCCAGUCUAAAGUUGAUACCUAGCAUCCUCGCAAG